AUGAAUAAUUUAGAAUAUGAAAGAACUUUUACAAGAAUAGCAAGAGAUACAAUAGUUUAAAUAGCAAGUACUUAUGAAGCUCCUUAAUAUUGGUAGAAAAGAAAAGAUAUAGGAUUAAAACUAUAAGAAGAAUUAAAUAAAGAAUUAUAAAAAGCAUUUGCACAUUGCGUUUUUUUUUAAAUUUUAAGAGUUAAUUUGCCUGAUACUUUUGAUGUAUCUAUUGUUAAUACAUAGGUUGAAAUGCAAAAUAAAAGAAUGAAAUAAUUCGAAUAAGAAGCUAUUAGAAUAAUGAAAGAAAUCGAAGUUCUCAAAUCAGAAACUGAACGAUAAAUAAAAACAAUAAAUGCUGAAGCAUAAGCAGAAUAAUAUAAGAUUUUAAAAGAAGCAGAUGUACAUUUAUAUAUGAAAAUAUUAUUAUUUAUUUUCUUUUUUUAAAAAAAAUAAAAUAAAAUAAAAGAGUAAAGCUACAAAAAGUGUUAUUGA